UUAAAUUUAAUUUCCACCAAUCGGAAUCGGAGGACAUGAUUACCCUGAAGGGAGAGCAGCCAGGAUCAGAGGAGGCGGCCUUGAUCGCCCAGUUUCGCCGCCUAUUUGCGCCCAUUUUGGAUGAUAGCUUGAACCUUUACUACCAACUCAACGACUUGGAUGACGCGGAGCACGUGAGGAUCCAUCAAACGGUGGCCCAGUUGAAUGAGCUGACCAGCAGCGAAGAGGAUACGAUGGUUACCCAGGUGAACAGCCCAUCGCCACCGGUGGAGGUGGAGCUCCUGCUGCCAUUUUCCAGCGAGAGUUCCACGGCCAGUAGUUCCCUCUACGCGAUCCACACCCCAUCUCCGGCUCAUCCCAGUGGUCUGCUCUUGAUGCCCCAGAAUUUGGAGUCACCAAUGCUGUCCUGCAGUGAUGCCAUCACAAUCACCGAGCAGGUGCAACUGCACAAUCCGCCGCAUCAUCUGCAGGUCCUCGAGGAUGAUAACAACACAUCCUGUUCGCUGUCAUCGAAUCUGACGGAUAGCAAAACCCUGGAUGGUCGUACACCCAUCGUAGUCUGACGUAUUCUCCACCCCCGAUCUGCUUAACUUGUGAUUUUGUUUACCCAGUCUUAGAGCAACAACAAACAGUUAGCGAAAAACAAACAGCUUAAUGUUUAAUAUAGUCUUAAAUAAUGUUGGUGUGUAUGUGUCUGUCAAAGUUGUUAAUAUAUUAAAAGCGUUUAUGCGGAUGAACAAGCAUUGAAUUACUGCAGCAAGAUGUUUUAAAGUCAUUUUCUGGAACCAAACAUUUUUAAAACAAAUUGAGUAUUUUUAAAGUAACAAAAAGUUUAAGAAAUAUCCCACCAACCAAAGUUAAUACCGAUCUCUUGAUUUUAUUACAACCCAUGGAAAACAAAAUCUGUUUUUAAAAUUAAAUUUCUCAAAAGUAAGAAAGCUUGACAAACUAUAUAUUUUUUUAUGCCUGACUGUAUUUAACUACUCUCUCCAAGGAUUAUAGUUUUGUACAACUUUCUUUCAAAGCUUCCCAUCAUCUUUAACUUUUCUACCGCAUAAACGCAACCUUCAUGUGUAUGUUAUAAUGUUUUAUUUUCGGCUUUUUAACCAUACACCCAUCCAUUAUACCAUCAUCCAUGAUCUCCAUCGUUUUAAAAACCGAAAAUGGAUCAGCAUUGAGCAAAUUUUUCUCACUUCGUUCGGAUCGAAAAAGAAAGUUGUAUAGAAGAACUGUAGACGGCCAGAUGGUCCGAUGGGUCUCAUAGAGUCCGUCGGAACCCUUAGGGACUUGGCAUUAACAAAUCUUAUUUAUCUCUCAUGCACCUAGCGAAUUAAAUUGCAUUUUUCCUUCUUCUCUUUGCACUCAUUCAUAGAAUAAUUAUUAUUUUUUGCUUCGUAGUUAAAUUUACAUGGUUUUCAUCGUCAUAUAACCUUUAUAAAUUUACAUCUAAGCAUAGCAAAGAGUCGAUUUUAGUGUACAAGAUGAUACAUAUACUGAUAUAACAAAUAAAUAAAUAAAUGGAAAUUUUAGCGUACUAUUUUAAGCUGGGAAAGUGUUAACAGACGCGCAAUUCUUCUUCAUGCAGUUGGGCAAUACGUAUAAUGAAAAGUAUUUAAAAACCAAAAGAAAACACCUUAAUACGAAAUAUAAACAUUGAAAGUAAGUUAAAGUUAAAAUAAAAUAUUGUAAAGGAAACAAUAUGGCAAAAUCAAAAA